AUGUCGUCCCUUGUGUUUUUAUCCAUCCCUCUAAACAAUUUCUCUGGUAAACUCAUGCAUGAUUUCGACAUGAUUUUUCCUGACAUUCAAGUGUUAUUUUUGGGAGGGAACAAUUUUGAAGGGGAGAUUCCAUCUUCACUGGCCAAUAUAUCAUCCCUCAGGAAAUUGCAUAUUGGGAUGUGUUACAUGGCCGGAAGCAUCCCUAUGGGUUUUGGAAAAUUAUAUAACCUGGAAUGGCUUGUCCUCAGUGGUAAUUAUUUGGGAAGUUACACCACCAAAGAUAUUGAUUUUCUUAGCAGUUUGAACAAUUGCACUCAACUGCGGAAUCUUGGUGUUGGCUACAACAGACUUGGGGGCAUCUUGCCUCUUUCCAUAUCCAAUCUCUCCACGCAAUUGAGUCAUGUCUCCCUUGGAGGAAACCUCCUUUCUGGGCGCAUUCCUCUUGACAUUGGAAACCUCGAACGCCUCAUGUCGUUCAACGUCGAAGAUAACUUCUUGACUGGUGAAAUUCCCGCCUCCCUUGGGAAGCUUUCUAGGUUAGAAAGUCUCUACUUACAGUCCAACAUGAUGUCAGGAGACAUACCAUCUUCCUUGGGGAACCUCAGUAUGAUAUCACAACUCUAUUUGUAUCAAAACAGUUUCAAAGGAGGCAUCCCUUCCAGUCUUGGAAACUGCAGUUACCUUACUAACCUUGCUCUUUCUUUCAAUAUGCUGUCUGGCUCCAUACCUCAAGAACUCAUGGAACUUCCCUCUCUUCUUACCUUGGAUCUUUCAAAUAAUAAUCUGACUGGAAAUUUCCCAAGUGAUGUAGGAAAAUUGGUCAGGCUUACUGGACUAAAUGUUUCACACAGCCUAUUAACUGGUCAUGUACCACCAUCCCUGGGAAGCUGUCUCGCCAUGGAAUAUCUAGAUUUGAAUGGUAACUAUUUUAAAGGAACCAUGGUAGAUAUGAGAGGGCUGAAAAACCUCAAACUCUUGGAUCUGUCCAACAACAAUCUUUCUGGUACCAUACCUGAUAAUUUGGUAGACUUCUCCUUGAUUCAGCAUUUAAACCUCUCGGAAAAUAAUUUUGAAGGACCAGUCCCAACCGAAGGAACAUUUCGAAACUUUAGCAAAUUUUCCAUAUUUGGAAACCAAAAUCUCUGUGGGGGUAUUGUUGAGCUAAAGCUACAGCCAUGUCCAGCUCAAGAUGAAGAAGAAGAAAAAUCAAGAGAGCAUACUUCAAUGAGAAGGAAAAUCGGAAUUGGUUUGGGGGCAGGACUGAGUUCGGUUUUAUUUUCAGUGUUGUUUAUUAUCUAUCUACGUUGUUGGUUCAAGAAACGGAGCAUGCAAGACGUGACAUGCAACACAAAUAAUGACGUGGAUUUUUUUGCUAUUGCACCACCCCAUUCAAGGGUAGGGUAUGAGGAGCUUCAUAAGGCAACUUGUGGGUUUUCUUUGAAAAACGUGAUUGGGUCAGGGAACUAUGGUAUUGUGUAUAAAGCAUUCCUUGGUCCUGAGAAGAGAGUUGUUGCCGUCAAAGUGUUGAAUCUUGAGAUACGUGGAGCUGCCAAGAGCUUUAUCGCAGAAUGUGAAGCCUUGAAGAGUGCAAGGCAUCGCAACCUCGUGAAGCUCAUAACGCUUGCUCGAGCAUCGAUUACAAGGCCAAGCAAUGUCCUUCUAGACGAUGAUCUAACAGCCCAUGUUAGUGACUUUGGUCUAGCUCGGCUGCUCCUAAAAUUCAACCAAGAUUUAUUCUUUAAUGAACUCAGCUCGGGAGGCGUCAGAGGAACCAUCGGCUAUGUCGCACCAGAAUACGGAAUCGGAGGACAACCAUCAAUACAUGGGGAUGUGUAUAGCUUUGGGGUUCUCCUUUUAGAAAUCUACACCAAGUUAGCAUUGCCGGAAAGAGUAUUGGACAUUGCAGAUAAUUCUAUUAUUCUUCACAGCGGUCUCAAAGUCGGCUUCCCUAUUGCUGAGUGCUUGACACUGGUUUUGGAGUUGGGAGUUAGGUGCUGUGAAGAGAUUUCCACGGAUCGGUUGUCAAUGAGUGAAGUUUCAAAACAGCUAAUCACGAUUAGAGAGAGAGGUUCUUCAAGACUAGAAGAGCAGCCAGAGAAUGUGAUCCGCAACCAGAAACUUGAGAGUAAAAGCAAGAAGUCAGGUGUAGGACGAAGCAUAGAAAAUAGCAACGCGUCGGCGGCGAAACCGGUUUAUCCUUUCUUUAACCGGAAUCUCCUCUUCGAACCGGAUGAGAAACAAUCUCUCUGUUCUCCUCUCAAGAAGGUCUUCGUUGAAAGAGAUGAAGCAGCCACCACUACCGCAACGAUGGAAGAAUCUGAACCUAUUGGUCCUUAUUGCUCUUGGUCAGGUAGACCGGUGUAG